AUGCUAGCGUCACCAUUGCUAUCCGCACUUCUUCUGAUUCUCUUCACACCUCAGAUAUUCCCCAUAAGAUGCUAUUUACACCAUGAAAUCUGGGAAGAUGGGCGAAAACUCGAAAUCCUGCCGGAUAUCUGCUCUAGUAGUAGGUACUGUAUUUCUGCUAUCUAUCGUGACCCGAAUCCAGUGAAGAAGAAUGGCUACUCUCGCGGUUGCGAUCAAGUUGACUGUGCUGAAUCCGAAGAAGAAAACUCAGUGUGGCGAGAAACGUCAGAUGGAGUACGAUGUCGUCGUCAUCGCGAUUAUGGACGGUUGGGAGAAAUCUGCUGCUGUAAAACUGACCUUUGCAAUCUGGGCACUAUGGCUUCAUUAGCAUUUACGUCUCUUCUGCUUCCUUUGCUUCUGCUGUGA